AUGCCUGAUCUGCCUGCAAGGCUCAGGAACGGCGGGCGUGGAGCCUGCUACGGCGUCGUGGCGUCCUUGGCAUUGGCGCUCGUGUUCUGCGUGCUCGUCGCCACCGUGAGCGUCUGGAAGGCCUUUUUGUUCGCCGGCAUGGCGUUGACCGCCUUCGGCAUCGGUGAGUGCCUGCCCAAUAGCUGGCGCGUCGGCGCCGCCGCCGAGCGUGAGAUCACAGUGGGCGUGCCUUUGGCAGCAUGCCGGUUCGGGCUCGGGAAGGCCACGAUCGACUCGUUGCCCACGUUCGCGUACGCAUCCCGUGGCGCCGAUGCCGAUGGCGACCUCGAAUGUGGGAGCGCCCAGCUGUGCUCUGUGUGCUGGGAAGACCUUGAGGAAGGCGAGAUGGUGCGGCAGCUGCCGUCGUGCAAGCACAUCUUCCAUGUCGAGUGCAUUGACAUGUGGCUGCACUCGCACACCACUUGUCCUAUCUGCCGCUGCGACCUCUCGCCACAGCGGACAUGCUGUGUCAAAGUGGCGGCGGUAGAGACGGAAACGCCGGCUGGGCUGCAGCCUGUGUAG